AUGGCCGCCUCCACUGGAAAACAAAAAUGAUAUCCUCAAAUGAAUUUCGCACAAGAUUCUCGGUUAGAUUAUGUACUACUGUUUUUGAAAACAGGCAACACCCUCUUCAUCUUCUCAUUUCAUCGGAAGAUGCUUCAGUUGUAGGCAUAGAGGACAAGACAGCUAUUAGUGGCAUAAUUACUGUUUGUAAUGACGAAUCCAGCAAUAAAAUCGAAAGCAGACCGACUUCACCUUCAUCGGCAUCAGUUAGAUCACUACUUAACAGAUCUAUCUCAUCUGAUAGAUGCGCCAGUACUUCAUCUUCAGACAGAGAAAUAUUUGUGCAGUUGUGUGUGAUUGAAAGCGUUGAGUUGAUGCCUAACCAAAAUAGUUUUACUGGUAGGCACAUGAGCACAAGUGGAAACAUUAAAGACCUACAGUUAAUGUGUUCCGACUCAUUCCAAGAUCAUUAUGACAUACUGGAAACUUCUGAACUUUAUUUUCGACAAGUGAAUUUAUUUCCAUUGCAGAAAAUCAUUUUUUCUGUCAAUGAUCGGGAUGCGUUUGAGUGGCUUCAGAAGGUGAAAUUUAGCAUGGGUUUAUUGGUCGAAGUGUGCGAAAAUGAUAUUUUGGUAUCUAAGGGAGAUGUUUUCUUGUCCCCUUAUCCUGAGGUGUUUCUAAACGAUCCCGAUUUUCAGAGUAAUUGGUUUUUUAAGAUGCAAGUGCUUGAAUGUCUUCCGUUGCAGCACGGUAAAAUGGGAAUCAACACGCAGAUAAUUCUAUGUUACGAAGACAAUUUCUUACCCCCAGCUAAUUGUAGAAUGCAUAACAUUUCACCCAGUAAAAACAUUUUUAUUUCGGAUUUCUGUAAUUCGAUAAGAUUUGCAGACAAUGCGGAUGUAAAAAGUGAUGAGGGAUCAAAAGAUAAAACAGAUGCUCCUCCAAAAUAUGUCUUUAACGCUAGUUUUGUCGAAAAUCAUGGUGCAUGGAGGGAUAUAUUGGAUGGUUACGAUCCGAAAGAUUCUUUCGAUGUACACAGUGUCAUAGGCAUAUCAAGGUCCCUGAUGGUAAAAUAUGGGUUUUUCGAUGGUAGCAUGUUGAAGAUAUCAGUUGUACCCGAAGACGAACCCCAUCUACAACAGUCCCCGAAACACCAGUUGUCCUUAGAAAGUGACACCCUUGAACCAACAAGUGGAAUAAAGCGGAGAGAAAAAUUAGUCAUGGUGAAAAGUUUGACGACUUCUUUAAAAAAUCAUAAAACUGUGUAUGUGUCCCCGGUGGUGUUGUUCAACCUUCAACCUGGACCUGUCCUUGUGGAAAAAUUUCAACUUUUAGCUGAGAAAUUGAUAGAUCUACCAUUAGAGAGUGAUGUUGAUGAAGGUUGUCAAUCACUGAGUUCAUCAUGGAGUAUCGGUUUACCAAUAGCCAAGAAAGUUGAAAUCAGCUUAAUUAACUCCCCUUAUUACAGUCCUCAAACAUUCUACUCACAGGCUAUCAAAAAAUAUUUUACAACACCAAGAUUGAUCAGCUUAGGGGAUGUUUUUUCUGUGAAAAGUUCAGACGAUCCAGAAUUUUGGCAAAGUAUGGCGAUGGAUACAGGAGUUCGAUUUCCAAUAAUCUUCUUCAAAGUAAUAAGAAUUGAAUCCUCGGUACCCAGAUCGGUGUCACAUAUUGUGGAUUCUAAGAAAACAAUGCUACUUCAGAAAGGAUCCAUUCACAGCUAUGUUCCAAAAAUCUCCUUUUUCUAUCUUUCAAACAAAGACAGUCCGUACUGGCAUAGAUUAUAUUGUCCUGGGUUAAACAAUUAUGUCACCAAGUUAGAAUCACUUGUGUUACCGUUUAUUACACAAAGGCCUUGUAAUGGUUCUAGAAUAACGGUAUUACCUACGAUAUUAUUGUCUGGUCCUGUUGGCUGCGGUAAAAUGACCGUCAUAGAAUGUGCUACUUUACGUCUUAGUCUGCACAUGCAACAGGUGAAUUGUCAUGAUUUAAUUGGUGAGACAGCGGCAGCAACAGAAUCUAGAAUUAAGAACUGUUUUCUGACAGCAAGUGUGUUUUCACCAUGUGUACUGGUAUUAAAGAAUAUUCAUGCCUUAGGAAAAGAGAGAGGUGGACAAAUUGAAGAUCCUAGAGUUAUUAGUGGUUUCCACAACAGUAUUAAACAAAUAGCCUUCGAAAAAACAGAAUAUCCAUUGGUUGUCAUAGCAACCACCAAUAAUCUACGAGCUGUUUCCGAAGAUAUGAAUGAUGUGUUUCUACACGAUAUUAUCAUGGAGGGUCCGAGUGAAAGUGACAGAUUUGAUAUUAUUGAAGCUUUAGUUGAUGAUGAACCAAUAGAAGCUGAUCUUUCAAUAAAACAUCUGGCUCAGAGAACAGCUGGAUUUGUUUUAGGAGAUUUAGUCUGUCUCGUAGCCCAUGCUAGAAGAGAAGCGUAUUCCAGCACUCUCAAUAUCAAUGGUAAUGUAAAUUUAUCUCAAGAUGAAGAAGAAGAUUUAGUUUCAGCUGGUGUUAUUUUACAACAAAAACAUUUCGAAGCUGCUCUAGAUAAAUUACAGACAGCUCAUUCUGAUGCUAUAGGUGCUCCAAAGAUACCAAAUGUAACGUGGGAUGAUGUAGGUGGAUUAAGUAGUGUAAAAUCAGAUAUAUUAGAUACGGUACAAUUACCGUUACAACAUCCAGAAUUACUGGCUGCUGGACUCAAACGAUCUGGUGUAUUAUUAUAUGGACCACCUGGAACAGGUAAAACUCUAUUAGCUAAAGCUGUAGCCACAGAAUGUUCUUUAAAUUUUCUCAGUGUGAAAGGACCAGAACUGAUCAAUAUGUAUGUUGGACAAAGUGAAGAAAAUAUUCGAGAAGUUUUUAAGCGAGCUAGAAGUGCUACACCUUGUGUGAUAUUUUUUGAUGAACUUGAUUCUCUGGCACCUAAUCGAGGUAAAAGUGCUGAUUCUGGUGGUGUUAUGGACAGAGUUGUAUCACAAUUAUUAGCUGAAUUAGAUGGUCUGGGUAAAUCUUGUGAUGUCUUUGUGAUAGGAGCUACAAAUAGACCAGAUCUUUUAGACCCUGCAUUAUUACGACCUGGAAGAUUUGAUAAACUUUUAUACCUGGGAAUCAGUGAAGACAGACCAUCACAAUUGAAGAUUUUAAAAGCUCUAACAAGAAAGUUUCAUAUAGCGAAAGCUUGUAAUAUGGAGAAUAUUGUUUCACAAUGUCCCUGGAAUAUGACCGGUGCUGAUUUUUAUGCGUUGAGUUCCGAUGCCAUGUUGAAUGCUCUGAAAAGGAAAAUUCAACUGUUAGAAGAUGGUAAAACCGUUAAUAAAAGUGAUAUUAUUGUACAAGAACAAGAUUUUAUCAAUGCAUUAAAGACGUUAAUACCAUCAGUAUCAGAUGCUGAACUAACCAGAUAUAAAACAAUUAGAGACAAGUUCGAAGUUCCUACAUAAAUAUUUUAUUAAACUGUGGAAUAUUAAUCAUAAAACGAUGUAACAGAGACAAGUUCGAAGUUCCUACCUAAAUAUUUAAUUAAACUGUGAAAUAAUAAUCAUAGAACGAUGUACCAGUGACACAUUUGAAGUUCCUAUCUAGUGUUUGAUUGUUUCAAUAAACUGUGAUGUAAUGAUAUAUGAGAGAGACAGAGGGAGAGAGACAGAGGGAGAGAGAGAGAGAGAGAGGGAGAGAGAGAGAGAGAGAGAGAGAGAGAGAGAGAGUUCGGGACUAACAUAUUGUUCAAAUUUAUUCCAAUAAUUCGCUUGCAGAUAGGGGUCUUUAGCAGUAGGAGGACCCGGAAAAAACCCAUGUGUAUGGACAGGCAACCCUACUCCUUGUCACGAAAAACCCGGGGAAUCGAAACCACGCCAGUUGACUCACAGACAGACCUUAUGAUACAACGCGCAGGUGCUAACCUUUCGGCCAUCCCUUCCGAUGAUUAUAGGAUGGGGUAACAAAGACUAUUGGUACGCAGGCUAUAAGCUGGUUGGUUUUGCGGUUUAUGGUCAGCGCUCUUUUAGUUAUCAAGCACCUGUUUUAUGGAAUAAUCUACCAUUUGUACAUCUCUAUAUUCUUUUAAAAAACAACUUAAAACACAUUUAUUUAAUUAGGCUUUUAACUGACUCUGUAUACAAUCGUUAACAUGUCCAUAAUCUUGUUGUUUAUUUAUGAUUAUAUUGUCACUGAACAUGUUAUAUGAAAGGGCGCACUAUAAAUAUGUUGUAAUAAUAAUAAUAAUAAUGGUUUUCUGCACCAGCCAGCUAGAAUAGAAAAUACAAAUCUGCUUUAAAGAUACCUUCCCACAUACAAACUGAGUGAUUUCAUGAUAUAUUAGGACUAUAAACAUAUUCAAACUAAUUAAUCUAUCAAAAUUUUGCUUUAAAUCCUUGUAUUCGUGAGGGAAUACCCCUGCUAUAAAAAAAUCUAUUAAAAGAGGUCAUAGAAAUUGAGAUGAAAUAUAGAAAUAUGCUGUAUGUGCUGUGUAUUAGGAUGGGUUCUAGAACAUCUGAUACCACUAGUGAAAGAUGUCAUGCUAUUGACAGGGAUAUUCGCGCAUAUUGGAUCGUAACUUCCUGGAUUAUGGCCCCUGAUUAUAUGAACGUCAACGGCUCUUAUUUUUUUAGCUUGUUCUCUGUCCAUCUCUUGCAAAAUGUGAGCGUAUCUUACAUUGUAACCACUUGUUAUAUUAUGUAAAACUGUUUCUUGCUUUCAAUAAGAAAUUGGACAUACUGUCUACUCAAUGCAUAACACGAGACGACUUCUCACAUAGUGAACAAAUUUCUAUUGUGCUUUGUAAUGUUUGAUUGCAUGUAUUUUAAAAUGAUUGUAUUAAAAAUAAGUUUGCUUUUAGUUACUGAUCCUAGCAGGGCUUGUUGUUUCCUGUACUCAUAGGCUUACGGGCUCGAUAACAGUAAGGGUAGCAGAACUCGAAAUGCCCCAAAAAAAUUUGGGUGUACAGACAGCGGCGCCGAUCUUCCUCGAGAGGCGAAGAAGCGUAGCUCACCUUGUAUUGUACACCCGCCCCCCCCCCCCCCGGAAAAUUUUUGAAUAUUUGACGGCUGCAAACACAAUUUCCUGCUAUUUCAGGUCUAAUAUAGCCUAAUUAAGAUGGCUGACUCGAAUUCUAAUCAAAAGAUCAAUCGUUUUCAGUCCACGGAGACGGGACCGUUCGGAGAAAAUUUUGAAAAUUUAACAGCCGCAUACUCGUUUUCCGGCUAUUCCAGCAACUUCAAUUUGGUCCAAUAUAGCCUACCUGGCUGACCCGAAUUCCAAACAACCAAUCAAUCGUCACAGGGUAUGUGGGGGGGGGGGGGCUCUCCCUCCCGGAGAAAAUUUUGAAAAUCUAACCACCGCAAAUUCAUUUUCUGCUAUUCUAGCCCGUGUAAGCAACUCCAAAAAUAUCCAAUGGUUUUGUAACCGAAAUCCCAUCCAAUCAGACUGUCGCAGCUGCAUUUACAAAUAAUAAUCGAUGCUCGAAAAAUGUCGCACAAAGUAGAGUGGCUCCAGACAAUAUGUUUUAAUCCAUAGUCAACUCAGUACAAAUUUGUGGUAUUCAAUUAAAAGAAAAGUAAAAUUAGUGUUAUAUUAGGGCUCGUUGACAGUUAGGGAAGAAAAACUAGAAAUGCCCGAAAAAAUUUCAGGUUUACAGACAGCAGCACCGGUUUUCUUCGAGAGGUGAAGAAGCAGAACUGACCUUGAAUGGACCCCCGAAGAAAAUUUUGGAAUAUUUGACGGCCGCAAACGCGUUUUACUGCUAUUCUAGCCCGUAAAAUUAGUGUUUUAUUAGAUUUCGGGCACUUUAUUUUGCCAAGUAGAUGAAAUAAAAAAAUUUUUUCACUUUACCCUUCUGCCCGAAAAGUCAGCUUGCCCGAAAGUUAGGGGGGCAGCUGCCGCCCCCCUGGCUCGUACGCCUAUGCUUGUACUGUUUAUAUAUGAAAUCCAUAUAGAAAUAUUGGGAUAAUACCCCAAAAAUAUCUUGCAAAAUAUGUCAUAAAUUAACUGACUGAAAGCCCUGCUGUUUUGAUCAUGUGAUAUUUAUAAUUAAACCACCAAGUACGUCCCUACUGUAUUGUUAUACAGUCUGUACGACUGUCUGUCCAUUCACAUUUUGUUUGUUGACCCUCUACAGGUCACAAUUGAUCCGAUUUUGACGAAACUUGAAAUGUAAGUUUAUAUCCAAAAGAUCUUGGUUCCUUUCGAUAUUGGCAUGUAUCGGACCCUAACUUCAUGGUUAUGGCCCCUGAUUGUACGAAAAAUCAAGUUUUUAGCAUGUGGACACUUUAGAUGUCCCAAUCUUUAUCCGAUUUUGAUGAAACUUAACAUGUAUGUUUAUAACCCAAAGAUCUUGGUUCCUUGCAAGUUUAGCUUGUUCUCUGUCCAUGACUUGUAAAAUGUGGGUGUAUCUUGCAUGGCAACCGCUUGUUAUAUUAAGUGUAAGCCCUACUGUAUAUAGGCUUUAUUAUUAACCCUGUCCCGAGUUCACAAAGCAUUCUUAGAAUUAAGUUAAGAAUUUACUCAAAAUUGUUCACUUUAUUUUAACCAAAAUAUAGCACUUUAUAAAACUUUUAUUGUUUUAAUGUAUCAAAUACAUCAAUAAGAAACUAUGUGCAAAGUUUUGUGUUUCUGGAUCAAAGAUAUUUCUUAUAAACAGUGAUUGAAGUUGAGUAAAUUCUUAAAGUAAGCUUUAAAAUGCUUUGUGAACUUGGGCCCCUACUACUGUAUAGUUUGUUAUGGUUAUUGUACUUUAACUACUCAGUGUAUUUUGUUACAUUAAUAAAUCAAUAUGGAAAUCAAUUUAUUUAAAAUUUUUCUCCACAGCACCUGACACAUGCAGUUAACGAGGGUUAGAGCUCAUUUAGUGCCUACUGUAGGCCUAUAGGCUAUAAUAAACUUGAAUAUGGCGCUGACUCAGUAACCAGGAUGUUUUGGGUUCAAUUCCAUACUAAACUUAUGCUGUCUGUCUACAAUUUGCUCUCUUGGGAACAGACUGUCAGCUAGUUGGUUGACAUUUUAAGUCCUAAAUCAACGAUUUUAGUUGAAAACAUUAAACAUACAUUAUGCAAGAGCAAAAUCGGCCUAUUGUAGGUCUUUCUUUAGACCCAAAAUGUUAUAAAAACUAUUAGACAUUAAUUAGCUUAUACAAACCAUAAUCAACUCUCGAUGGUAAGGCUAGCCUGUGAUAUUUGUUGGAUUAUAGUUCGAAUUGCUGCAAAACUUUCCCUUGUUGAUUAACGAUUAAAUGGAUAAUCGAGACUAUUAGUAUUGUCUUACCGACUUCAGUAAUGAUGAUCGAGGCUAAGCGGAACUUUGACUCGCUUAGUUCUCGGUUCAUAGUGGAUCAAUUUGACUGAAAUUUUCAGCAAAUUGACUUUACAGUAUGUAGUUUUUAACUAUUAUAGUGAGAAUUGCCAACUCGUUAUCUAAUCUCCCAUAAUGUAUCUUUAAGUAUGCUUUGAGAAUUUUGAGAAGUAUUUAUUCCAUUUAAUAAAAUUGAAAAGGUU